AUGGACGCAGGGAUAACUAGGAUCAGUGUUGAGACGGAGAGUGACUGGCUCAGGGUCAAGGCGAAUGUUGAGCGAUCAUUGGAUCAAUCACUCGAAGCUCGUUUAGCAGCUUUACCAGGGGGCAAAACUGGUGAGGCGUCAAGAGCAGUGAGGAAAGAGGCCGAGAGGAGGCUGGCGAGGAUAAAAGAAGAACUCUGGAGGAUGACGAAAUCCAAUAUCAGUGUCAAUGGACACAAUUAUGAGGAUUUCGUUGAGGCGACUGAACCGUUUGACGAAGCCCUGGAUCGAAGUAUCUAUGGACUUAACACUGAAAGGAUCGUGUUCAAUAUCAACGUAUCGGAACAACGCAAAAGACGGCCAUUUUUACUCCGAGCCAUAGAGCAGAGAUUAGAGAGGGACCGCACAGCUGCGGAAUGGUUACCAGAGGACGAUGCUGAGCUACUCGCUGAGAACCGUAAACCAAUUGGAGAUUUACCCCUUCCGCCGAGACAUAAGGAAGUCAUGGAAACCUUUCAACAGGUCGUCUCGAACUUGUCUGAGCUGUCUAGCUCCGCUCCUCAACAACUUGCUCGGGCUCAAAGAGCUCAGAGUGUGAAGACAGAGGUCGCGGCCAUUCCACGAUAG